UUGAGUCGAGCUCCAAAUCCCCGAUUCGCGGAUUUUCCCCUCCCCUGUUCUCUCUCUCCUGACAUGGAUUGAUCAUUGAAUAAAACCUUUACUUCUCUCUCUAAACUAACAAACCUUCUCACCUUCUCUUUCUCGCUCUAGGGUUUCCAAAGAGGAUUUCAACUGACGACAACGUAGAAGACCCGGUGCCAUAAUUUUCAGAUGCUGGGUUCUACUCAGCGCAGUACAAGAAGCUUUAUAGUCUCUAUUGAUCUUAAGCGUCUCAAUUUCUCUGUCACGCAAAGAAUCAGCUUCUCCCUGUUAGUCUGCAGGCAUGGUGUUUCCUCGUUUCGCUAACAACUAGUGCUAGAAGAAAGAGCACAAAAUAUUUGAGAUUUUCAUGUUGUUAAAUGCCGUGUGGUGGAUGUUGAAUGGUUGUUACCAUGGACUUAAAUGUUUCACCUGUACCUGAAGAUGAUGAAGAGAAUUUUGGAGAGCAUGUAGGUGCUCCAGAAGAACGUUUUGAAACUGCUGUUGAAACUGCACGACGGGAGCGUGAAGAAAGACGUAAGCGUUUGAGAAAUGAGCGUUCAGACGACAGACCUGUGCAUGUGUCUAGGCAGCCAGUGCAUGAACAAUACUAUCCAACCAAACACUUUAAAACUUAUGAUAAAACUAAGCUACCUCCUGGCUGGUUGGAUUGCCCUGCAUCUGGUCAGGAAGUCUUUGGUAUCAUUCCCUCCAAGGUUCCACUUGGUGAAGCCUAUAAUGACUGUAUUCCUCCUGGAAAAAGAUACUCUUUUAAACAAGUGAUUCAUCAACAAAGAGUACUAGGAAGAAAACUUGGUUUGGUGAUUGAUUUGACAAAUACCACUCGCUACUAUUCAACAACAGAUUUGAAAAAAGAGGGUAUUAAGUAUGUUAAGAUUCAAUGUAAAGGGCGUGAUUCUGUACCUGAUAAUGCAUCUGUAAAUAACUUUGUUUAUGAGGUUACGCAAUUUCUUGCUCGUCAAAAAUCUAAGAAGCAUAUUCUCGUUCAUUGUACGCAUGGGCAUAAUCGCACAGGAUAUAUGAUUGUCCAUUACAUAAUGCGGUCACUUUCAAUGUCUGUCACACAGGGAAUAAAAUUAUUUGCUGAUGCACGUCCUCCAGGAAUCUAUAAACCGGACUAUAUUAAGACAUUAUAUGAAUUUUAUCAUGAAACAAAACCAGAAAUGGUUGUUUGCCCACCAACCCCAGAGUGGAAGAGAUCUUCUGAUCUAGAUCUUAAUGGUGAAGCAGUGCCAGAUGAUGAUGAUGAUGGAGGUUCAACUGCUCCUUUGCAUGACAAUCAUGAGACAGAUGCUAUAAUGACAAAUGAUGAUAUUCUGGGAGAUGAAAUACCUGUUGAUCAGUUGGAUGCUUUGCGACUGUUUUGCUACCAAACACUGAAGCUAAAUAUGCCUGAAAGAAGAAACCCACAAUUCCCAGGGUCACAUCCAGUAUCUCUCAACAGGGACAAUCUACAGCUGUUAAGGCAGCGAUAUUAUUAUGCAACGUGGAAAGCUGAUGGAACAAGAUACAUGAUGCUAAUUAUGAUGGAUGGCUGUUAUUUGAUUGAUAGGAGUUUUAAUUUUCGAAGGGUCCAGAUGAGGUUUCCUUGCAGAGGGACAAAUGAAGUUUUAGCUGAUAAGACGCAUCACUAUACCUUGCUUGAUGGGGAGAUGAUUAUUGAUACUAUGCCGGAAUCGCAGAAGCAGGAGAGAAGAUACCUCAUCUAUGAUGUGAUGGCAAUUAACCACAUGUCUGUUAUAGAGAGGCCUUUUUAUGAACGAUGGAAGAUGCUUGAAAAAGAAGUGAUUGAACCUCGGAAUUAUGAACGGCAGCAUAUUUAUCAGAGUAGGAAUCCUUAUUAUAGAUAUGACUUGGAACCCUUCAGGGUCAGGAGAAAGGAUUUCUGGUUACUUUCUACUGUUACCAAGCUUUUAAAGGAAUUUAUUCCAAAGCUUUCUCAUGAUGCAGAUGGUCUUAUUUUCCAGGGUUGGGAUGAUCCCUAUGUUCCUCGCACUCAUGAAGGGCUUCUGAAGUGGAAGUAUGCAGAUAUGAAUUCAGUUGACUUUCUAUUUGAGGUGGAUGCUGAUGAUCGCCAGUUACUUUAUCUGCAUGAACGAGGAAAGAAGAAGCUGAUGGAAGGGAAUACAGUUGUAUUCAGAGGUUGCUGUGAAUUUCUCAAUGGUUCAGAUCCCUCUUCAUACUCGGGGAAAAUCAUCGAGUGUUCUUGGGAUUCAGAUGAACAGGUUUGGGUUUGCAUGCGGGUCCGGACAGAUAAAUCCACGCCAAAUGAUUUUAAUACCUACAGGAAGGUGAUGCGAAGCAUUAAGGACAAUAUAACAGAGGACAUCUUAUUGAAUGAAAUUUAUGAGAUCAUUCGCCUGCCCAUGUAUGCCGAUAGGAUAAGAAAUGAUAGCAAAGCUCACCAGCAUACAGCUUCAGCACGACGCAGGUGAUGGCGGUGGUAGUGUUUGUAAAGACCACUAUGGUUAAAGACUUAUAAGUGGUUCAGGUAAAAGAACCCAUUGAUGGACUUGUGAUGCUCAUGAUGUGAUGGUUUAGUUGGGUGAGCAUAUCAUCUACUGGGUCACUGAGAUGUUGUGUAAUUAGCUACAACCUUGUUAUAACCUCAUAGCUUGAACUGUGCUGGUGAGUUCUAUGAUCCGGUGGGUACACUCGGGAUAGUUUUCUACAUCAGACCCAAAAUUAUGUCUAAAUGAUAGUUGUCCAGAUCAAAGAGAAUUAGGAAUAGAAUCACCAUGUAUAUUAUUAUUAUUAUUAUUAUUAUUUUUCCCCUCCA